AUGAAUAAGAUUUUAAAUAUUUAUUCUUAUGUAAAGAAUAAAGAACGUGCUGGUGAUAUAUUGAAGAAGAAUGAAACGCAUUCGAGCAAUAAACAGAACAGCAAUGUUAAAUCAGACGAUUAUCAACAGAAAAAACAUGAACUUGAAAUGAAUCAACGAGAUGAUGCCGAACAAUCUCAUACUUCUCUUAACAAGCAAACACUUAACAGUUCACAAACAAGAGAAUCCAUAGCGUAUGAUUUCAUUGAUUACGAGGAUGAUUACGAUAUAAUUGAAAAAAAUGAUAUUUUAUCCGAUAAUAUGCACAACAGUAAACAAUCAACAUCAGACUAUGGUUUGAAUAAUCAACGAACAAGUGAAAAUUUUCAAUAUAAUAGAUCAAUAUCCAUGAAUAUCGAUAAUCAUCAAUCAGAAAUUCCAAAUAUCCAAAGAAGAAAGUCUUUGCAAAUGAAUCUAGAAAUUGACACGAAUAAAUCUCGAGAAUAUCCGAAUAACAAGUCAAUUAUUAAAGAUUUUCAAGAAAAUAACCUACUACCGAUCGAAUCAAUGAACAACAAUUCCGAUAAACAAAUAUCACAACUUGAAGAAUUUGAAGAAAAAAAAAUCAAAUGCGAUCAUUACUCGCCAGUAUAG